GCCUCCUACAGGUAAAAACAGAAGGGGCUCGAGGCCUGCAGGGGACUCCAGACUUAAAGUAUGUAUCAACACAGGUGCAGGCAGCAUUGCUGUGAGGAAAAGCAAAUAAAGAGGAUGGACUGGGUGAAAUUGCGUUCCUAUUCCCGGAAGAGGCGGGCUCAACAGAAUGUCCAUUGUGCAUCUCCUGUCCCAGCAGUGGCAGCAUCUGCUGCUGUAGGUGAAAGGAAUGCUAAAGCCAAAGGGUGUCGGCUGCGCCUAGAUCUGCUUUCUGAACCUCGGCAGGAACCUCAUGUCAGAAGACAAAUUGGAAAUGCCAUUACAAAAGCAUUGCCUAAAAUUCAAGAAGCCUCUGGGGUGACCCAGAUGGACUGCCUUUCAGUGGAACAAAGCACUGAAUUAAAUGAAAAUGAAAACAGAAGCAUGGAGGUGAAUAAAAGUAUCAGUAAAAUGGGCACUGCUGCAUUAAAGGAUUCUUUGCAUUUAAGCUCUGCAAGUAAAGAAAGUCCGAGAUAUAGUGAAACUACAUCAGGAAUGACUUUACCCACAGGUGUUUCACCUUUUCUGCUGCAGUGUUUGGAUGAAGAGUCUUCUCUGUGCUCUAAUACAGAAUCUAGUGAUGGAACAAGUACUUAUUCAUCACCUGAGAUAUUCAGAGAUGAAAACACAUUAGAAAAAAGCCGCAUUAGUCCAGAAGAAUGCCUUGGGCACAGGAAUUCAACCCUCUUGGAUACCAGCAAAGCCAUCAACAUAGACAAGAUGCCACAUGUGCCAAAUCUUUCACAGAUAUUGGAAACCACUUUAGGAAACAAAGACCAGAGCAUUACAAGGCUAUCAAAGCAGAAAUCACGUUCUGAAUUGACAGAUGUUUCAUCUGUAGUUGCAGGUAGGAAACAAGUGUGCAAGAUUUUGCCUGCAAAGGAAAAGACACCUGAACUGCAAUCUUUUGGAGCCUCCUUAUUGCCUCAAAAACAAACAAAAAAGACUAAAGAGCAGCAACCCAGGAAAAUGAAGUGCACAAAAAGAGUACUGUUUUCCUCAUCCUCAUCCUCAUCCUCAUCCUCAUCCUCAUCCUCUCCAGCCAAAUCUUGUGGAAUCGCAGCUGAAACCUUAGGCUCUGCACAGCCAGGUACUGGCAUGUUGGACUCAUCAUCGGUGCAUAAAGUCUCACUCAGUGAAGCUUCCUUGCCAAGCACAAGUCGUUCAAAUGUAAAUUCAAAAGAAGUCAUUCCUGCUUCCCUGUCUCCAGAAAGUGUUAUUCGUCAGUGUCUACGUAACCCUCCAGAAAUCUGCUGUAUCAUUAAAGCUUCACCAGAAUCUAGACCACUGAAAGUUCUCCAACACCCACUGAAAAGAAAAAGUGUGUUUCCCCCACCAGGAGCAACUGAAGAUAUUAUUACCAGUUCAAAAUACUAGAUCUACAGGAACAAUAGGAGAAAAAAAUGGGAAAUUGAGAACAUGGAAUGGUAGGAAGAAGCUGAGCUGCACGUUUGGACUUCGUUAAGUUUGAAAGUUAAUGACACC